UAGUUACGGUUCAAAUUUGGGAAACCGCUGUAAGAGAGCAGGCGUAUCGAAUUCCCAAAAGCUCAAGCCACAGAUAGGGCCACUGAUAAGGAAUUCCCCCUCUGGAAAUAAAAUAGAGAGCCAAAUGGAUACAGAACAGCAGUCCGUUUUCAUUUCCUAACGUCUUAUCUAAAAUGGACGCUUAUAAAGUUCUGUGCAGACCCUUUGUUUCUUGACCCAUUUUUGAAUCAGUUAAUUUGUUAUGAAUGUCUGCACUUGGGAAAUAUUAGAGGGAAACUGGGAUCAUCAGGCUGUCUGGAGAUUCGGCAAUGCACCAGUUAAAUCUACUAGUUUUUGGAGAGCAAAAUAAAGCUAGAAAUUCUCCGCAACAGGAACUGGGGUUGGACGACGAGAACCACUUUUAGAUUUUAUAACUUGUGUGCGCCCUCUCCUCCUCUUUUCUCUGCCUCAUUUUUCCAGGCUUUGGAGUUUGAAAAAGUUUGGAUGAACAUAAGAUUGCGAUUUACGCGGAGACCUUGUGUUGACGUUUGCAUUUGACCGGUUUGAGACUUUGGAGGUACAAAACAUCCAAUCUGAACUUCUUGAAAUUGUAAAAGAAAGGAAUGCUGAGCAGAAUAGGCGCAUGGAGAGAUGCUGUGUCUUCUACCAUGGAACUGAAGUGCACAGUAGCAGUUUCAGUGCUUUUCCUUGUAUGCUUUUGUCCCAUUUUCAGCCAAGAACUCAAUCCAAAGGGUAGGAAUGUUUGCAAAGUUCAAGGGUCACCAGGGUUUAUGUGUUGCAGCGGAUGGGUGCAGCAAGGCGAAGAGUGUUUUACACCUCUCUGUGAAGGUAACUUCACCUGUAAUGAGAACGAGGUGUGUGUCCGACCAAAUGAAUGCCGUUGUCGUCAUGGGUAUUUUGGGGCAAGCUGUGACACAAAAUGCCCCGCUCAAUUCUGGGGUCCAGACUGCAAGGGCAUGUGCACAUGUCACCCUAACGGUAAAUGUGACGAUGUGACCGGCAAGUGCACAUGCUACACCAACCGCUGGGGUGAAAACUGUGAGAAGCCAUGCCAUUGCCAGAAGGGGAAAUGUGACCAGGAAAUGGGAAAAUGCACAUGCCAUGCCAAUUACUGGGGGCCCCAAUGCAACAAUAACUGCUACUGCAGCAUCAAUUCGGUGUGUGAUCAGAGCACGGGCCGAUGCAUCUGUAACCCGGGCUGGUUCGGGCGAAACUGCAGGGCUCAGUGUUUGUGUAACAACUCACCCUGUGAGCAGUUUUCGGGCCGAUGCCAGUGCAGGGAAAUGCUCUGGGGUCAACAGUGUGAGGGGUACUGCCAGUGCGUGCAUGGGAAGUGUAACCCAGCAGAUGGAUCUUGUACCUGUAAACCCGGAUAUAGAGGGAAGUUGUGCCGGGAGCCGUGUCCAGCAGGAUUUUAUGGACAGAACUGCAGAAACAGGUGUGGUCACUGUAAAGGCCAGCAGCCCUGUAAGGUGACCGAAGGGCGCUGUGUAACCUGUGAGAGUGGCUGGAAUGGAACUAAAUGUGAUCAGAUGUGUACACCAGGUUACUUUGGAGAGAACUGUAUGAAUCAGUGUCCACCCUGCAAAGAUGGCCACCACUGCAGCCGUAUUGAUGGGAAAUGUUCCCAUUGUAAUCCCGGCUGGAUUGGCGAUCGCUGUGAAGUGCGCUGCCCUAAUGGCACUUAUGGGGAUAACUGUGAAAACGAUUGCAGCCAUUGUUUUAAUGGAGACUGCCACUUUGCCACAGGAGAGUGUCUGUGUGACCCUGGCUUUUACGGGACAUACUGCAACCUGACCUGUGAGUUUGGUCAGUUUGGAGUGAACUGUGCCCAAACUUGUCCAUGCCAUGACAAGAACUGCAACCCAGUGUCAGGGGCCUGCAACCUAUAUCCUAAUCAGCGGAUGGGAGUUAUAGCUGCAGGAACGUUGGUAACAUUCCUACUGGUUGUUCUACUCUCUCUGCUGUGCUGCUGUUUCCUCUGUAGCAACAAAAACAACUGCAAUCCUGACCAGGAAAACUCCACCAACAGUAAGAAGGCCAAGAUAAUCCUGUGUGGCGGAUUCAGCCGAAUCAGCACCAAACUCCCCAGAAUACCUCUGAGGAGACAGAAACUACCCAAAGUUGUUGUCACCCACCACGAUCCUGAGAACACGGUUGAAUCCCCCUCCGUGGUGGACCAGCCUUCUCCAUCUUGGUCAUCUCAGGAGUCUUUCUCUUCCUUUGAAACAAGCGAAGAUGGGCCUGUUUACUGCAUACCACAUGAAGAGACUAUGAAUGAGAGCUAUGAGAAACAAAGUUCUAGUGCUGCUCCAGAAACAUCAUCAACACCCAAUGAAGACGCAGGAGAGUAUACAUCCCUCAAAAAUACAAGAGAAACUACUACACAAACUGUUAGCGAUGGGAGUGAGCAGCCGCUCCUGAAAUCAUCAGACAGUGAGGGCUCUUCUAGUGGAUCUGAGUCAACCAUGGGUGCUGUUUAUGCCCAUAUCGCUCGUCUUUCCAAGCUUUCCAAAGAGGAGGAGGACAAUGCCUCUACACCAGAUGUCAAAGGUAAUGGCAAGGCUCCUUCCACAGAGAAGAUGAAACCGCGUCCUCCAGACCCCUCCACCAAACCGAAGGUGUCCUGGAUCCAUGGAACUUCUGGAACCAACCAAACAGAGCAAGGCCAGACUCCGACACCACAAAAAGAGAAGAACUCUGAAAAUUCUGGAAAGAUUAAUGAUAAACAGCGAUCAAAGGAGAAGUCGAGCAAGAACCGCGAAAAGCAUCAGGAUGGUAAAAAGUUGGAUGAAACUGAAUCUCCGAGCAAAACCAUAACUCUCAAAGCUUCUGAUACUAUUGAUCACCUCAAUGGAACUUUCCAGAAUGCCUGGAAGAAGAUUGGAAGCUUCCACUCAGACAAGAAAAUUAGUGACACCAACAAAGAUCCACCCAAGAGCCCAAAAAUCAUGCAUCCACACAUGAACUCUGAGGCUGCCACUCUACUUGCGGCUCAACUGAAGGAGAAGACCCAAAGCCUCAAUCGCAAUGAGGGUCUUAUAGUAGGCAUCAAACACAAUGGUGUGUCAACCCCUCAAGCCAGCAGAGAAAAGCCAACCCCACCUCAAAAGACCAAGCGUUCUAUUACUGGGACCAACAAACCCCUUCUUCCCACUUCCAGCAACCUUCAGAAGAUGGUGGCCCCUAUUUCAGACUCUACCCCUGAAUCUAAAAGUUUAGAGAAACAGGGGGUAAAUGUGACCAAGUUAGAAGUUGAAGGGGAGGCCACACCAAAGAAAACGCCAAUCAAAAAACCACCAAGGAAAAAAGGAAAGGAGGGAAUACUGGACAGCGUAGGCAAAAGCACUCCAAAGACAGCCAUUAUGCCACCUCAGACUGUCAAGUAGUAACGUCCAUUUUUGAGAACAUACUGUAUAAUCAGGGGCGCAUUAAGGUACCAUGGACGGCUACACGGACAGCUUUCAUAAAUGCACACCGUCUCAGAGUUUACAACAACUUCUCCCGGUGAGUGUGUGCAGAUGUGCUCCUCCAGCGAACGUCGACAGGGGAUAAUGGGGUGGUGGAUGCCGUGAAAGGGGCUCCCUGGGAUUUGUGGGGCCAUGGGCCUCAGCCCGUGCAUUAAUGCGCCCCUGUGUAUGACACAACAUUUUUUGAUUAUCUUUUGUUGAACACUAUAUAGGAAUUGAAUGAAUUUUUAAAUACUAUAUAGGAAUUGAAUGAAUUUUUAAAUGAAUGAGCUGCUUAUAGGAUUUAAUAUUUUAAAGGAUUUUGGUUCUCAAUAACUCAUUUGAAGUCCUGGAAUCGGAAGCAACACCUUGGGAUGACCAUAUUUUAAAGUACAGCUUUAAAAAGGAGUUUGAAAUUAAUGUAAUAAGCUCAUUUUCGUAUGCUUUCAGUUUUACAUCUGCUACACUAUGUCAUUUUGUUUGAACAUUGAACAGAGAUAUUUUGCUAUCGUAAUUUCCGUGUGAUCGUAUAAAUUCAUUUGCAGUUUUUGUGUCUGAAAGGUUGAAUUUAGCACUGAAUUGACAGGUGUAAAGAAUGAACUAAAGGUACUGAAAAGGUACAGAGAUGAUGCCAGAAAUUCUCCUAUAUUUUAAAUUUUCUCAGGCCAUAUAUGUAUAUGUUCAAUAGCUUGUAAAUCAAGGAACGUAUUUAGUUUGCUACAAAGAUAAUAUUUUUCAUAAAAUAUAUCAUAUAUAUUGGUGGCCACAUUUUGGAAUAAUGUACAGAUAUUGCUCUAAUGGAAAGACAUUUUUACUUUUAUUAACCAAAGUGGCAUUCAACUGAUCACAAUGUUUAUAUUCAGGACAUUAGUAACGUGAAAAAUUACUAUUGCAAUUUGAAAAAAAAAAAUCUGAACUUCUUAAACUACUUCAAAGAGCUCUUAUAAAAAAAUCCUCCACGUGCAUCAAUGACAGCUUUGCAGAUCCUUGGCAUUCCAGCUGUCAGUUUGUCCAGAUACUCAGGUGACAUUUCACCCCACACUUCCUGUAGCACUUGCUAUAGGCUGUCUUGUCAGUCACUUCUCAUGCACCUUACACUCUAGCUGAUCCCACAAACCUUUUCUUUUUGUUUUUCUGUUUCAAAAGUGGUUUUCUUUGCAAUUCUCCCCAUAAGGCCUGCACCCCUGAGUCUUCUCUUUACUGUUGUACAUGAAACUGGUGUUGAGCGUGUAGAAUUCAAUGAAGCUGUCAGCAGAGGACAUGUGAGGCGUCUAUUUCUCAAACUAGAGACUAGAGACGAUAUACUUAUCGUCUUGUUUAGUUGUACAUCUGGCCUUCCACAUCUCUUUCUGUCCUUGUUAGAGCCUGUUGUCUUUUGUCUUUGUUCAGCAUUUUUUUUGCAAUUUCAAGCAUUGAAUAUUGAAUUUUUUACCUAACAUUGACCUUAAUACAUGCCAGUCUAUUGCAUGCCGUGGCAACUCAAUGUUAAGAUUAAUUUAACGAACCAAAUAGCUUUUUUUAUUAUAUCUUUUGAUAUAAUAGCAAGUGAUUUUCUAGGACCAAAUUAGCAAUUUAUCAUUAUUACUCAAGGAUAAGGUGUUGGAUUGAUGGCUGCUGGAAAUGGGGCCUGUCUAGAUUUGAUAAAAAAUAACCUUUUUAUAUAGUGAUGGUGCUGUUUUUUUACAUCAGUAAUCAUUGUAAUCAUUUGAAUUCCAUUUUUGCUGAAUUAAAGUGCCAAUUUCCUUCUGAAACACAAAAAUAUGUACAUUAUUCAAAACUUUUGGCCACCAGUGUAUAUUAUUAAAAACAUUAUUCAGAUGUUUAAAAUGCAUUACAUUAUUGUGGCAGAGGAGUUAUGUAUUGAUAAAUCAAUACAAAAAUUGGCUUAAGAAUUCAAUGUAUUGUUUAUUUGCAUAUUAUUGAACUUAAGCUAUUCAUUGCCCUACAGUUCACAGGAAUUUUGCAAUUUAAUUUGUCAAUCAGUCCAAGAUUUAUUAUGAGGGCUGGUCUAAGGACCCGUCAAUGUACACCUGUGUCAGACGGAUACCUUUGGAGCAUCUCACUUUGGUUGCGUCGUGUUAUAAACAUACAAUUUGUAGGUCGCUGUGUCAAGUUAAAUGUAGUUUAAUACUUAGAAAACACAUCUUGAGAUAGCAAAAUUCUGAUUUGCGCUCCAUCAAGCUGUGUUUUGAACUCAAGAAUACGUCCUAGUGUUGUGCUGUCUCAAGUCAAGUCAAAAUGGAUUUCUAUUGCACAUUUAAAAGCAGUGGAGUUUCACCAAAGUGCUGUACAAUAAAACGUUGAGCAUAUAAAAAGAAAAGGAUUAAUGGAAAACAUGCAGCGUACAAUAUAGACACAAUAAAUAAAAUACAAUCAGACUUCAAUCAAACUGUCUGCUGAAUGGUUGGUUUGUUCUCUGUUUAAGCUGCGCAUUGCCUAUACAGCUGAAGUUUUGCUUCAUCCUUAUUACGGUCUGGGGACAUGUUCAUUUUUAUAUAAUUAAUCACAUUGAAUUAACAAGUUAAAUCGACAGCCCUAGUCUAAAUGUUUUGCAGUUCAAUUAAAAUAUACUGUUUCUAUACUUAUGACCUUCAUAACAACUUUAAAUCAAUAGUCCUAUGUGUUUUUAUGUUUAUAAUAUCAUUGCGUCAUUCACAAGACUUUAUUAGAUUGUAUCUCAUUCCCACAUUAAAGACAAUAGGUACAAAGUCUUGUCUUGUCAAAUACUGAUUUGCUUCAAAUCAAAGUUUGUAAUGUUGUAAUUCACCUCUGAGCUGGUUGGUUUGGUUCAUGGCUUAGAACUGUUUUAUUAAGGAUUUUAUGAAAUCUCUAUGGAAAAAAAUUUAUUUUUAAAAUACUUCCAGUACCAAGACUGCUGAGCAUGUGGACGGCACUGUUGCGCUCUUUAAGGAUAUGCUUUUUCUCUCUUUAGCUCUGAGUUCCAAGUUUGUUGAUAUGCCUGCUCAUAUACCUUUCCCAGUGCUAACUUUUACAUAAUCAUUAUGCGUUUCAAUCUAACCAUGGAUGGUAAAAGAGCUCAACAAAUUGGUGUCAAUAAAAUAAUAUUGAAAUUGAAAUGGUAAUGAUUAGUUUUGAACAUAUUGUCCGGAUUUAUAUUUAAAAGCAGCCCUGAAAAAAUAUGUUUGUCCAGCAUUAAUAUAAAACCAUCAGUGAUAUUUUAAUUCAUAUGCCUUAAGAAAGUGCUUGCCAUAUGUUAUUUAUAAAUGAAGUAUUUGCCUGAUUUUUAAAUAAGGCUUGAUUUUUGUUUUCAUACUGUAGAUCUUGUAUUAUUUGUCCUACCAUAAACAACCAGAGUGCCUGAAAAAUGCCAGUAUAAAGCAACCUUUAAGUUACAUCAUUUUCAGACUUUGCUAAAGGUAUUGAUUUGAAGAGUUGUAAAUUAAAUCCUAAGAGUUACUUUUGAAUGGUUUGUAGAGGCUAUAUAUUUGCAGUAAGCUCAAUACAUCCAACAUUUUCUGUCUUGAAAAUUGGCACAAUAACUAAUGUUUACUUUUCAUUUUUAACUUUUUAUUUUAAUUAUUAUUUUUAUUUUUGUGGUACAACUUGCUGUGUACCACCCCACAGCACUUGCAGAUACUUCUAAGAUGAUGUCACAGGAAAUGUUAAGUCAAAUAGAAGAUGGUAGAAGUGUAUGAAAAACUGGAAGUUUAAGUUUUUAUAAAAACAAUUAGGAAUAAACAUUCAAUCCGGGCCUGUUGUCAUUUUUUAUUUGUAAGCAGGUUAAUAACUUUUUUUUUUAUUAUUGUGGUGUACAGUAACUGCUAUUCCAUCAUAUGGUACCUUAUAUUUUUCUACAUGCUAAGAUAUUAUGUAAUAAUAUUUUACCUACAUUUGUAAGCUGUGCUUAUACAACGUAUAUCUUGCUUUUUUUUUUCUUUUUUUUUUCCUGUGUCAAAUGAACUGGUUUUCAAAUUUGAAUACAUUUUAUUUCAUUUUUUAUGUGCAACAUCAGGUACAUUGGAUUUUUAGUAAAUGUUUUACUGUUUACUUUCAAUAGAGGUUUUUCACAUGUCUCUGUGGAUGUUUUUGUUUUUGUAAACGAUAAACUGUAUGAUGCAGAGGUCAGUGAGAGAUCAGCAUUAUCUAUGCAUGUAUUCCAGUGUGCUGUUUUUUCUUAAUGCUUUUCCUUACUUGGGAUCAAUGACAAAAAACAACAUUUCAUGUUUUUGCACGGAAUCCAGAAUAUUACCAACUGCAGUAUAUGAGAUUUAUAAGAGCUUGAAGAACAGACUUUGGCAUGAGCUUUGAGUGAAGCCCAGCCUUAAACAUGGAGCAUUAUCAAUUACAGUCUCACUAUGUUCAUUCAUUUUGUCCUGAUGUGUUAUUUUAUGUUGUUGAUGUGUGGUUGUUCAGUUACCUUAUUUCAAAUAAAAGCAAACCUGUAGCUCAU